CGCGGAGUUAUUUGCACGACAUUGGAACAAGUUUGAAAGAAUGAAACUGCAAGAUGUCUGCUGAAGAGCUGUUGAGAAAUCGAACAAGAUUUGUAAUUCUGUCAACCCAGGACUACAUCGAAGCCGCUCGCGUGCUUGUCCAAGCUGGACUGCUCAACGAUUCCCAAAGUUUACUUGUGCCAACUCCCCGAAAUGGGACUUUGUUGAUGACGCGCGAUAUCUCAGCCUUUCUUCCUCACACCAAUCUAUUGAAAAAUGGUUCCGCAAAGUUGUCCGACUCAUUCUGUUCUCCCUAUCAUCGAAGGAUAUUUCCCCAACUGUUCGUUCAGACCAUCAUCAUGAUCUUCACCGUUCUAAUCAACAGCCUGACCAGUCUUGUCUUCGUUCGUCGAGCUAUGCGUAAUCCGACAAACACGGUCCUCUUGGCUAUUGCCUUAUCUGACCUAUUCACCGUUGUCCUACCCUUACCAAUCUAUCUCUUGGACCUCACUGGCCUCGUGCAGGAUACCGAACCAAGCAUAGCCGAAGGAUAUCUGCGUGUCUAUCUGACUGUGAUCCUUCCCACGGCUUGGCACACCGCUUCCAUUUGGUACACAGUCAUUUUGGCGAUUCAACGAUUCCUCUACGUCCAGUUUCCAUUGAAAGCGACCAAGUUCGUCUUGUGUCGCCAAGUACCGUUGAGCAUAACGGUCGUGGCCACAUGCAUGUUAGCGUUUGUUUUAUUUGUUCCAAUUAUGGCUAUCACAAAGUACUACUAUGUGUUAACAUAUGUGGUCGCUGAUGAAGCUCAAGAUGGGUUGGCCUUCUUGGACAGUUCCAUUCACGUACAGAAAUGCACUCAAAUGCAUCAGGACACGUAUUUCUCGCUCCUGCUCUUUCGAGUCGUGCUGGUCAAUGUGAUACCUUGCGUAGCCCUCACAAUUCUCACUAUCCACUUGACACUGGCGCUGAAUCGGUUCGCGAGCAAAAGAAAACGAUUGCUAAGCAACUCGACCAAUCUGGUAAAGAAGUGCCAAUCCGAACAAAAGCAGCAAGCUUUGGAUACAGAGAAGUGUGCGGUUGACGCUAGUCAAGUGACAAACGGUGUUCAGUCCAGUCUUAAGCCUUCGUCCUCAUCCACUGCGAAUUCCGGUACCGCCACAACUUCCAGUAGACCGGGAGACAAAGAUUCUACGUCGCGCAUGUUGCUAGUCGUUCUAGGAAUCUUUCUUGGUGUUGAAGUCCCAACGACAAUCGGACUGUGCAUUUACUACAUUCAGCGGGACCCUCCACAUUGGAUAGAGACAGUCCUUGGAACGUGUACAACACUGGUCGUCCUCUCCUACCCAGCCAACUUCUUUGUCUACCUGAUUAUGUCAAAACCGUUUCGGACCACGUUCAAAAUGACAUUCCCCAAACUGUGGAACGUUUGCAGUUCUCUGAGGCGAAGGAGCGUCGCGCGGCACAACAGUCUUUGA